CUUGCAUUAUGUAACAAUAAUAAUAAUCCUCCUCUCAUCCUUCUUACUCUCCUAAGCUUCUCUUCUACGAGAAAGAAAAUGCACCUCGCAUUUAAACUUCAAAUCCGAACCCGAGCCCGCACGUCACCGCCGCCCCGCUCUGCGUCCGACUCGAGCUCAUUAGCUUGCUUUCAGAACAAGGCCCACCGCUCGGACCGAAUGCGAGGCAGUUUGCGGCCUCUUUUCUCGUUUGAGGACAGCGUUGGCGAGAUAAGGACGGAAACGGGUGGGUUGAUUGUGUUUUGAUGCGAGGAGAUGGGAGGGAGUGGUCUUGCGCUCGGGGUAGAAAUAGCUUGCUCCUCCUCCUCCUCCUCCCUCUCUAUACGACUAUAGACAGACAAUGGCAGCAUCCUACGACUUCUCCAACAAAGUAAUCCUCAUCACCGGAGCCACCGGCGGCAUCGGCCAAGCCACCGCUCUCGCCUUCGCCAAAGCCCACGCAAAAGCCAUCGUCCUCGCAGACCUCCCCUCCGCCUCCGCCUCCGCCUCCACCCUCGUCUCGGCAAUCACCGCCGUCUCACCUUCGACCUCUGCAACAUUCUACGCGCUCGACGUGACGGCCGGCGACCAAGUCGCCGCGUGCGUGCAUGCGACUGUCGCGCGCUUCGGAUCGCUCGACGUCGCGUUUAAUAACGCGGGCGUGCUCAGUAAGACUGCGUCGCUGAUCGAUACCCCGGACGAGGAAUACGACCGCACGCUCGGUGUUGACCUUAAAGGCGUCUUCCUCGGCCUCAAGCACGAGAUCCGCCAGAUGCUCGCACAGGACCCUCAGGGAGGCGUCAUUGUAAACUCAGCUUCCAUCGCGGGAAUUCUGGGAGGCCCGAUGAUUGCGCCCUACGUGGCAGCAAAACACGGCGUAAUCGGCCUCACCAAGACCGCGGCACUCGAGUACGCCGCGCAGGGCGUGCGCGUGAACGCGAUCGCGCCGUCGGCGGUCGCGACGGAGAUGAUUCAGCAUUGGCUGCAGGACCCCGCGCAGCGCGAGUACAUCCUGGGCGGGAUCCCGGUGAAGCGCGCGGCGACGGUCGAGGAGAUUGCGAAUUCGGUGCUGUAUUUGUGUUCGGACGCGGCUGGGUUUGUGAAUGGAGCUACGUUGGUGUUGGAUGCGGGGCAGACUGUGCAGUAGAUGUAGAUGUGUUAUAGUUUCAUAGAGGGUGU